CACUCACGGAGACUCCACUGGAAGAAGUUUUCCGGGAUUGGGAGGCACGCAACCCCUUAAAAAGUGCCGAAGAAAGCGAGAACUAACCCCUGUAGCGUGGAAGGACACGGAAACGUCUGGUUUUGUUGGUGAUUAAGGUGUGAAUAUGGAGCAGGGGAGCCGGGUGUGAGCAGAUGGAGGCGGUGAGGAGUUUGGUGUUCCUGGGAGCCGCGCUGCUCGGAGCCGCCGCGGCCAGAGAAGUCUGCCUGGGUACGGACAUGAAACUGGUUCUGCCCUCCAGUCUGGAAAAUCACUAUGAGACGCUGAAGCUACUCUACACCGGCUGCCAGGUUGUCCAUGGCAACCUGGAGAUUACGCAUCUCCAUGGAAGCCCUGACCUCUCUUUCCUACAGGAAAUUGUGGAGGUUCAGGGUUACGUACUUGUUGCACAUGUCUCGGUGAGUGUGGUGCCUCUGGACAACCUUCGGAUCAUAAGAGGCAGCCAGCUGUACAACUCCAGCUAUGCGCUGGCUGUGCUGGAUAACACUUUGGCCAAUAAAGGACUACGGACCCUCCGGCUGAGGAGCCUCACAGAGAUCCUGUUGGGUGGGGUGUAUAUUCAGGGGAACCCCCAGUUGUGCUUCCCGGAUCCUGGGAAAAUAGCUUGGAUGGACACAUUAGACGAGCAGAAUAUCCACUCCAGUCAGCUGCACCUGCAGCCUCGGGCCACUAAUUGUCCAACUUGUCACCCUUUAUGUGGGAAAAGCUGCUGGGGAGAAACUGAACUAGACUGCCAGACAUUGACCCGAAGUAACUGCACGUCGGGCUGUCAGCGGUGUAAAGGUCCUCUGCCCAACGACUGCUGCCACCGGCAGUGUGCUGCUGGCUGCACCGGACCCAAAGACUCAGACUGCCUGGCCUGCCGUCACUUCAACGACAGUGGUGUUUGUAAGGAGAACUGUCCUCCUCCUACCAUUUAUGACCCUGUCACUUUUCAGACCAAACCCAACCCAAACAAAAAGUUCAACUUUGGAGCCACGUGCGUCAAGACGUGCCCCUAUAACUAUCUUGCUAUGGAAGUGGCCUGUACUUUGGUAUGUCCACGAGCCAACCAGGAAGUUAUUAUCACCCAGCCUGAUGGAACUGAGACACAGAAAUGUGAAAAGUGUGAAGGAGACUGUCCAAAAGUGUGUUAUGGUCUGGGUAUGGACAACCUCGGCGUCAUGGACAAUCAUGGCGUUACCAUGGUAACAUCUUCUAACGUGGAGCAGUUCAACAAGUGUAAGAAGAUUUUUGGGAGUCUUGCUUUCCGCCCACAGAGCUUUGCAAGGAACCCUGCGACCAACACAUCUGGCCUGACUUUGGAGCAGCUGAAGGCUUUCCAGAAACUUGAAGAAAUAACAGGUUAUUUGUACAUUGAUGCCUGGCCAGAAGAGUGGACUAACAUUACUGUCUUUGAAAACCUGAAGGUGAUCAGGGGCAGGAUGCUCUACAUGGGAGUGUUUUCGCUGGCCGUCCAGAAACUACACAUCCAUUCUCUUGGAAUGCGUUCGCUACGCAGCGUCAGUGGAGGUUUAGUGUUGUUGUACAACAAUUCACAGUUGUGUUACACUGAUUCGCUGCCCUGGGGGAAUCUUCUCCAUCCCACCCAGGGCCCCCAUCGUAUCGUCAGCCGCAACCAAAACUCUGAAGUCUGUGAGAGAGAGGGGCAUGUUUGUCACUCACUGUGCCAGGGAGGCUGUUGGGGUCCAGGGCCCAGCCAGUGUGUGUCCUGCAAGUCUUACCAGCGUGGCUCUGAGUGUGUAGAGCAAUGUGACAUCUAUCAGGGGUCUGUGCGUGAAUACGUAGAUGGAUCUACUUGCCUUGCCUGUCAUGCGGAGUGUCGGCCUCUCAAUGGUUCAGCCUCCUGUCACGGCGCGGGUGCAGAAGAUUGCACUGAGUGCAGAAACUUCCAAGAUGGAAAUUUCUGCGUGGAUCACUGUCCCAGCGGUGUGAAAGAAGACCAUCACACUGUGUGGAAGUACAGCAACGCUACAGGACACUGUCUGCCCUGCAACAGUAACUGCUCACUAUCCUGCACUGUGAUGGAUGAGAGAGGCUGCCCCAUUGAUACCAGGACAGGACCUGGUACAACUAUUGCUGCUGCUGUGGGUGGAGUAGUGCUCUUCUUCAUCCUGGUGGCUCUGCUGAUCUUUUACUUGAGGAGACAGAGGACACUGAAGAGGAAGGCGACCAUGAGGAGGUACCUGCAGGAACAAGAGCUGGUGGAGCCUUUAACACCGAGUGGUGCCUCUCCGAAUAAAGCUCAGAUGCGUAUCCUAAAAGAGACUGAGCUGAAAAAACUCCGGGUUCUGGGUGCAGGGGCCUUUGGGACUGUUCACAAGGGGGUGUGGGCUCCUGAAGGGGAAAAUGUGAAAAUACCAGUGGCCAUUAAGGUGUUGCGGGAGAACACCUCACCAAAGGCCAAUAAAGAAAUCCUGGACGAAGCAUAUGUGAUGGCAGGGGUCACCAGCCCCUAUGUGUGUCGCCUCCUGGGGAUCUGCCUGACCUCCACGGUGCAGCUGGUCACCCAGCUGAUGCCGUACGGCUGCCUCCUCGACUAUGUCAGGGAGAAUAAGGACCGCAUUGGUUCACAGUUUCUCCUCAACUGGUGUGUCCAGAUCGCCAAGGGAAUGAGUUAUUUGGAAGACAUCCGGUUGGUGCACAGAGAUCUGGCUGCCCGCAAUGUUUUGGUGAAGAACCCGAACCACGUGAAGAUUACAGACUUUGGUCUGGCCCGCCUGCUCGAUAUAGACGAGACCGAGUACCACGCUGACGGAGGGAAGGUGCCAAUUAAAUGGAUGGCUUUAGAGUCUAUUUUGCACAGGAAAUUUACUCAUCAGAGUGACGUCUGGAGCUAUGGAGUGACUGUUUGGGAGCUGAUGACAUUUGGAUCUAAGCCCUACGACACAAUCCCAGCGAGAGACAUCCCAGAUGUUUUAGAGGGGGGAGAGCGGCUCCCCCAGCCCCCCAUCUGCACCAUCGACAUCUACAUGAUAAUGGUCAAAUGCUGGAUGAUUAAUCCGGACAGCAGGCCGAAGUUCAAAGAUCUGGUCCUCGACUUCAGUGCCAUGGCCAGAGAUCCACCGCGCUACUUAGUCAUUAAGAACGACGAGCAGAUGAGCACAUGCAGCCCGGUGGACAGCACCUUCUACCGGAUGCUUCUUGAGGACGGGGACAACAUGGGGGAGAUGAUGGAUGCUGAGGAGUAUCUGGUGCCGCAGCCAAACCUCUUCCCAAGGACGGAGCCUCAGGCCAACGGGCCGUCCAGGCACCACUCGUACAGGCAGAGCAGAGAUCAUAGCCUAGAUGUGGAGCCCUUCAUCACUGGUGGCGCUCGGAGCACGCACUCAUCCAUGAGUACUCUCGGCCGCAGCCAGUACCCUACCUCAUCUUUUGGAGUCACCACCGCUAAUGGCUUUUUGCCGCAGUACCCGACGCUGGCUCGCAGCAUGUCAGGCCAGUCCGACUCCGUCUUCCUGGAUCCAGUUCCAGACUCUGUCUCCCCAGCCAGCCCUGGACGCUACUGCAAAGAUCCCACCUACCCCGACGGGAGCCAGGAUGACCUAGAGACUGACGGGCCAAAUGGCUUUCAUCAUCCUCAUCAUCCUCAUCACCUUCAUCACUCGCUGCCCAGACGGAGUCACGGCCAUAAUCACAAUCACGCCUUACCAGAGUACGUGAACCAGGAGAUUGAAGAUCUCAGGCCGGCGGUCCCUGAACGACCCACCACGCUUCCCCGUAAGGGCUGCAGAGUGGACAGACGUCUCCCCAACGGUCUCAGUUCAGGUCACAGUGUGGAAAACCAGGGUUACCUGAUCCCCGUUAACUCCACCUCUCCUGCCUUUGACAACCCGUACUACCUGGACCUCGUGGCCAAAGCCACAGCUGCACCCGAGUCUGCCGCGGCGGACGGUGCUGCAGCCCUGGAGAGCGAUGGCGGAGCUCCCAGGCACGUGAACGGGUUUGUGACUCCCACUGCAGAAAACCCAGAGUAUCUGGGACUAGCGGACACCUGGAGCGGGCACACUUGAGGGGAGGGGGGACCUGACGGCAAGAAGGAACCACACACUGUCCUGCUGAGGAAAAACAAGUGAAAAGGAAGAGUAAAGACAAAAGUGAGCUGGGUGCAUGUUUGAAACUGAGCACAGCUCGGUUACACUGGUGUCAAAAAGACUAUCCAUCAAAAAUCACAAUUUACUCAGAAUAAUGUAGCAUUAUUAUGAUGUCUCUGGCGUCGUGUAUAUUUCUGUUGCUCCUUUAACAAUCUGUGACUGUUUAGUGCCAAAAAUAAGUUUACUUUUUCUGUAAAUAACUCAAUAAGCAAAGUUCAUAUUUGUGGAAAAACAAUACUGAAUCACUUGACUGGAUUAAGGAAUGCUGAAUUCUUUUUUUUCAACAUUUUUAUUUUUUUUAUACACAAUUUUCUUUUAAUUUGUUCGGUUGUAUUACUGUUUGGUUGUUGUAUUUCUCUCAGCUCCUACACAUAACAAACUCUGACAAAGUGAACCAUGAUAUGCAUUGAGGAUGAUGUUUAGUAUUCCGAUCACUUUCUCCCAGACCUGAUGGGGGUCUUCAAAAGUCUCAAAGCCAUUUAGUGUUGGACAGAGAAGGCCCUGCAACCCAUCUGGCCUGUGGACGCGCUCCCUUAGAGAAAGGCACGCUGUCCCAAGAAGACAGCGGCUUUGUGCUGCACUGAUGCGGUUUCUGCUGCUGGAGCUGCUCUCUGGUACAAGAAAUCAGUUGUAUAAGUGGACUAAAUUAUAUUUUUGAUGUUAAGACGUAGUGAAUAAAGGAGUUAAAGCAAA